CAUUUUCUAGGACAAUUGAGACUAAAGGGAAAAACAUCACUGCCACCAAUUCUUGAGAUUACUCUUGUGCCAGAGAUUACUCUUGUGGAAGCUCUAUCUCAGAUGUACUAUGAAGCUAAUAGCAUCACUCCUCUCCCUGGCUUCUCUGCUGCAAGUUGUUCUGUGCUUGAGAAUUGCCUCUUUCAACAUCAGGAGCUUUGGUGAGACCAAGAUGACCAAUAACACCAUCUCUCACUAUAUUGUGAUGAUCCUGAAUCGGUAUGAUAUUGCGCUCAUCCAGGAGGUGAGAGACAAAUAUCUGACAGCUGUGGGGAAACUGAUGGAUGAACUCAAUAAAGAUUCACCAAAUGCCUAUCAUUUUGUGGCCAGUGAGCCUCUAGGGCGGAAUUCUUAUAAAGAACGCUAUCUCUUUGUAUUCAGACCUGACAAAGUGUCUGUCCUGGAUAGUUACCAAUAUGAUGAUGGCUGUGAACCCUGUGGAAAUGACACCUUCAGCCGGGAGCCUGCCAUUGUCAAAUUCUCCUCCCCAACUACAGAGGUGAAAGAGUUUGUCAUCGUUCCUCUGCACGCAGCCCCGAAUGAUGCUGUUGUUGAGAUCGAUGCUCUCUAUGAUGUCUACUUAGAUAUCCGCCAAAAGUGGAACACAGAGAACAUAAUGUUCAUGGGAGACUUCAACGCGGGGUGCACCUACGUCACCCCUUCGCAUUGGCCGUCCAUCCGCCUGUGCACCAGCCCCGCGUUCCAGUGGCUGAUUUCUGACACUACAGACACCACUGUGACCUCUACGGACUGUGCUUAUGACAGGAUUGUAGUCUCUGGAACUGAGCUACAAAGUGCUAUUGUGCCAGGAUCAGCCACCACAUUUGAUUUCCAGACAGCAUAUGAAUUGAGUUAUGAAACUGCUCUAGCCAUCAGUGAUCAUUAUCCUGUGGAGGUAACAUUGAAGAAAGCCUGAAUCUCCAUUUUUAUCAAACUUCCUUAUUUCAUCUACUUCUGCAACGUCCUCUCUAUUUCUGACCAUCUAUGGCCAAAACCACGGCCAAAGUCACCAAAAGAGCUGAUGCUUUUAUUUGCCUUCAUCCCCCUAAUGUGGGCUCCUAAAUGUCAAUGUGUAAAGCAAUAUAUCAUAAAAUUUGGAUAAACUAAGGUUAUAGGAUCUGUUGAAGACAUAAGAUAUUUAUGUGUGCUCUUUGA